GCGCCUGGCCAGCGCUUGGCCCGCGCCCUGCCCGGCGCGGCCUCCUGCCCACCCGCCGCUGCCGCUUUCCCGCGCCGCCCGGCGCCCGAGCUGCCCGCGGGCUGGGUCCCCGCAGCCCGAGCCGCCCCGGCCGGGCCCCCAAACGAGGCCGAGAUGACUUCCAAGGAGGAAGGCAAGGCGGCGCCGGGGGAGGAGCGGCGGCGCAGCCCGCUGGACCACCUGCCGCCACCCGCCAACUCCAACAAGCCGCUGACGCCGUUCAGCAUCGAGGACAUCCUCAACAAGCCGUCUGUGCGGAGAAGUUACUCGCUGUGCGGGGCGGCGCACCUGCUGGCGGCCGCGGACAAGCACUCGCCGGGCGGCUUGCCCCUGGCGGGCCGCGCGCUGCUCUCGCAGACCUCGCCUCUGUGCGCCCUGGAGGAGCUCGCCAGCAAGACCUUUAAGGGGCUGGAGGUCAGCGUCCUGCAGGCAGCCGAAGGCCGAGACGGAAUGACCAUCUUUGGGCAACGGCAGACCCCCAAGAAGCGGCGAAAGUCGCGCACGGCCUUCACCAACCACCAGAUCUACGAGCUGGAGAAGCGCUUCCUCUACCAGAAGUACCUGUCCCCGGCCGAUCGCGACCAAAUCGCGCAGCAGCUGGGCCUCACCAACGCUCAGGUCAUCACCUGGUUUCAGAAUCGGCGCGCCAAGCUCAAGCGGGACCUGGAGGAGAUGAAGGCCGACGUGGAGUCCGCCAAGAAACUGGGCCCCAGCGGGCAGAUGGACAUCGUGGCGCUGGCCGAACUGGAGCAGAACUCGGAGGCUGCGGGCGGCGGCGGCGGCGGCGGCUGUGGCAGGGCCAAGUCGAGGCCUGGCUCUCCCGCACUCCCUCCAGGCGUUCCGCAGGCCCCAGGCGCUGGGCCCCUGCAACUCUCGCCCGCUUCCCCGCUCACGGACCAGCCUGCCAGCAGCCAGGACUGCUCGGAGGACGAGGAAGACGAAGAGAUCGACGUGGACGAUUGAGCAGAACCCAGGAUCCUCUGCCGCCCAGGGCCCCGGAAGCCCGUAGGCCUGCAGCCUCCCGGACGGCCGGGACCGCGGAGGGGAGCUGGGACCUCCUCUGCAACUCCCGCCUUCUCCCCCGUCCCUGGCCCGGACUCGGCUCCCAGCAGCUGCCUCUUCCCUCUCGAAGCAAUAAACCCGGCUGGCCGGCCGGCCGGCCGCAGCGCAGGGCCUCCGCCGCCCGGGAGCCCUCGCCGUGCAAUUCCGUAUGGCUUCUGUAUAAAUAUUUAAACCUAUAUAGCGGGUUCUCCCACCGCAGCCUGAUUUUUUUUUAAUCUCGGAGAUAUUCAUGUUUUCAAAGCUCCCAGGCUGCCGGGUUUGCUGAGAGCGAGGCGAACGGAGGGUGAGGGACACCGAACCUAGCGGUCAGGAGGAGGGGGCCACCGGGACAGUUUCGAUUUUCUCUGCAUGUGGCGAAUGCACCGGCCCUCUUCCUCCUCGCCUCCCCAGGCCUCUUGCAGUUGACUUCUUUUAUUUCCUUCUGCAUUUUCCCCGCGUGGGAAGGGGCUGAGGUGGGCAGCCGGGUCGAGACUUGCAAGUUUCAAAUUGAUCUUUUCUCCCCACCUCGAGAGAAGUCUGUUUUCUAUGCCAUUUCUGCCUCCCGAUGCCCACUAACGCUAUUUUUAAGAUUCUUCCCCACCCUCUCUCGGUUUCCUCGGACUGACGGCUGGGGUCCGGGUCUUGGGACAAAAUGGGAAAUCCAACCAACCAAGCAACCAACGAAAAAAUAACCCAAAGCCCUAGAAUUAUUUUUUACUCUUUUUAGAAUUUUUUUGCAUGUGACAGAGACUGAGAGGAGGCCAACCUAGCCCUCACCCCACCUCCUCCGCAGCUCUGGGUCUGUCUUGCAGCCUCCAGCGCCCUGCUCCCAGCUUGACUUGGCCAGACAAGGGUGACCAGAUGAGGGUGGGUCCCACGUGCCCCUUCCCUGCUCCUGCCCUGCCUUUUCGUCCCGGACUGUACCCAAGGCCUCUUUCUCCGAUAAAUAAAG